AUGUCGCAAACCAUGGAACAGACGGAUACGAGCAGCAAUCACUCGGAGGUAGUGGAGAAGAAGAAGAGCCGCAGGCCACCAAACAAUGCCUUUCGCCAGCAACGACUCAAGGCGUGGCAGCCCAUUCUCACGCCGAAAACGGUCAUUCCCCUCUUCUUCGGUAUCGGCGUCUUGUUUGCGCCCAUCGGCGGCGUCCUCCUGUGGGCGAGCUCGACGGUCCAGGAAAUCAUCGUCGACUACUCCAAGUGCAGCGCCGACGCUCCCCAAUGCUCAACGGAAGGGAACUCGUUUUCAGRGAUUCCAAGCGGUAGCAUCACCACACACUUCAAAAAUGUAGUCCCCCCUGCAGAUGCGCCGACGUGGUGCAAAGAGACCAAACAGGUUGRCUAUGGAGGCGACGACAACGACUUUCUGCAGGUUGACACCACCGCUUGUCGUGUACAAUUCUACAUUCCAGAUGAACUGGCGCCGCCAGUGUUGCUGUAUUACCAGCUCACCAACUUCUACCAAAACCACCGUCGAUAUGUGCAGUCUUUCGAUCAGGACCAGCUCAAGGGCAAGAACCGCAGUCCUUCCGACAUUCAGGGCAGUCAGUGCGAUCCUCUCAGGACAGAGACGCAACCGGAUGGCUCGCAAAAGGCAUACUAUCCGUGUGGGUUGAUCGCCAAUUCCCUCUUCAACGACACCUUCUUCAGCCCGGUGCAGUUGAACGCCGGUGGUAGUUCUAAUGGGAAUGUCACAUACAACAUGACGAACAAAGGAAUCGCCUGGUCAUCGGAUGCAGACUUGUACAGCAAGACAGAAACGCCCAUUGACCAGAUUGUACCGCCAGAGAACUGGCGUGUGCGAUACCCAGCUUGGAACGCGACAUUCCCCGUCCCGGACCUCAAGGAAUGGGAAGAGUUCCAGGUGUGGAUGCGCACGGCAGGACUACCGACUUUCAGCAAGCUUGCCCUACGCAACGACAAUGAGAGCAUGCCCAUAGGCCGAUAUGAGAUGAUGAUAUACGACUACUUUCCCGUAACGCUGUACAGCGGGACAAAGUCAAUCCUCAUCUCCACCCGCACCGUCAUGGGCGGCAGGAAUCCGUUCCUUGGAAUCGCGUAUAUCGUGGUAGGAGGGUUGUGCAUCAUCUUGGGCACUGUCUUCACAAUUACUCAAUUCAUCAAGCCAAGAAAACUCGGCGACCAUACCUACUUGUCGUGGCAAACGGAGCAGCCGAGCUCGGCUACAACUACCGGUCGUGCUCUAAGGAGUAGCGAAGGAGCAUGA